AUGAAGAUCACCAUUUUCUUUCUCCUUUUCUCCACGCUUUUCUGCGUCAAAUAUGCGGAUGCAGCCACUUUUAAAGUCCGCAACAAUUGCCCUUUCACCGUUUGGGCGGCCGCUGUACCGGGCGGCGGACGAAGGCUCAACCGUAAUGAGGUAUGGACAUUCUGGGUUAACCCCGGCACUGCGGCCGCUCGCAUUUGGGCUCGAACCAACUGCAACUUUGACCAGUCUGGCAACGGACGAUGUCAAACUGGGGACUGUGGUGGUCGCCUCCAAUGCCAAGGCUACGGCGCUCCGCCCAACACCCUAGCUGAAUACGCAUUGAACCAAUGGAACAACUUGGACUUCUUUGAUAUCUCGCUUGUCGAUGGGUUUAACGUUCCAAUGGAGUUCAGUCCCACUUCUGGUCGGUGCAGGGGCAUCAGCUGUCGGUUUGACAUCAACGCACAGUGCCCGAACGAGCUGAGGGCUCCGGGAGGCUGUAACAACCCGUGCACUGUCUUCAAGAGCGACCGGUAUUGCUGCAACUCCGGCAACUGUGGAGCCACCUGGUACUCGCGAUUUUUCAAAGACAGGUGCCCCAGCGCUUACAGUUACCCCAACGACAAUCCAACCAGCACCUUCACUUGCCCCGGCGGAACCAACUAUAGGGUUGUUUUCUGCCCUUAAUAUCUAGGGGUGCCCUUAAACCAAACAUGCAAAAAUAAAUAAUGGUGCGCUCAUCCGCCCUUCAUAUAUGAUGUUUAAUUUCCUAUGUUUAAUCCUUAUUACGUGGUAUGGGUUGUGUUUUUAAAGAUAAUAUAUACAUGUGCGAGUCUGUUUCAACUA